CUCUAAACCUCCUGACCUGCACGAGCGCCGCUGGACCAGCACCAUCAACCCGAUCACAAGUUCCUACCAAAUGCAUUUUUCAAACUUCUCCAACAUGCUCUCAGUGAUCUUCAUGCUCCUCAUGGUAAUCGCUUGCGCUACAGGGCAAUAUGCGCCCUUCGAAUGCCCGAAUGCAUAUUGUGUAUUCGAGGACAGAUUAACCCAACCAAUAAACUAUGCCUUCGGCCCGGCCGGCAAACCGAAGAUUCCUCUCGGUGAUUUCGUGACAUGCGAGCACUCGAAACUUCCCGUCGGAACUCCAGUAAACACGUGCUGCGAUCAGUCGGUGGGGGACGUCAUUAACCGGAGCCACAAAGAUCCAUUGAUAGUCUGGUACGAUGAUUACAACAGACAUGGGUGUCAUGAAGUCCCUGAGCUAUCAGGGCCUGAUAUCUAG